AGUUCAGACAGCAGCCAAUCGCAAACAGGAGUGGGCGGGUUCCAAAGACGUAGUAUUUGAGCGCAUUGUUAAUAAUGGCGGCGCUGUAAAAAAAACUGAAACAGAGACGUUCCACACAGAUGCAGAGUUGAGAUCGGAGAGACCCAACCAUGGAGUCUGUUCAUCCCAACCCAGCGCCGAUCCGGUGGGUGGUAUCGGAGAACCGGGAGGUCCGGAUCAAAGAGGAGCCUGUGCCGUGCUGUGACCCUCCCAGAGAGUCGGUCCCGGUGCCACAGUAUGGACUGGUGUACAUGCAGCAGCAGUACAGCAGGCCCCAGACUGAACAGAACCACACUACACAGGACCAAACCUAUGUUCAGCAAGGACCGUCUGCCAGCGUCCCUUCAACAUACGCCGAAGGCAAUCAGGGGUUCCAACAUCCCGUCAUCAAAGAGGAGACUUCGGAAACAGAGUGCACCCCCAGGCCGGACCCACCCCAACCCGGGAUCCUCCGAGUGAGCCGGUUCGACCUGGAGAGGGGCUCCACCCGGUUCAAAUUCCUCCGUCAGACCCCGUCCCUCCGGGCCGUGGUGCGGGAUACGGAGCAGCGGCCCGUCCACAUCAAAGUGGAGGUUUACGAGCCGGGCGGAGACGUCAAGGAAGAGGAAGAGGAGCGGCAGUGCGACUCCGUCAACCAGGAGGAAGAGGCCUGCGCUCUGGAACCCGGGCAGAUCAAGGUGGAAGACCCGGAGCCGGAUUCUGUUCCCGAGACCCGGCGGUCGGUCCGGAUUGGAGAGGAGGCGCCUGAAAAAGCUGUUGUCUCCAGCGUGGACAGUGGACAACCUGCCCUCUCCAGUAUGGACAGUGGACAACCUGCUGCUCUCCUUGGUAUUGUCAGUGGACUGUCUGUUAACAAUAUUACUGUUAAAGGGCAAAAGUUGGUCUGUAAUUUGUAUGACGGACAAACUUCUGUCCACAGUAUGGACACUGUCCCCCCCAGACAAUGUUCUUCCCACAGUAAUCAGGCUGUCUCUCCACUGGAAAUGUCCUACAAUCGGGGGGAGGAAACUGUCCUUACUGACAAACUGGACGAUGUCCAUGGUGAUGCUGUCGUCAGUGGAUUGGGAUCUGUCCUCAAUCAAUACCGUGCCCCUGGACUACAUGCUGUCAGUCUUCAGAAAAACGCCCCUAACUAUGUCUCACAACUGGCGUCUGCUCGCGUCAAGAAAGAAGCUCCGCAAGAGGAAUCUGUCCGCAUAGAAAUGGAGGUCCCUCAAGCUGCAGUUGUCCAAAAGGAAGUCCACACUAAUGAUGAACAUCAACUAGACUCUACCAACACCAACAAAGACGUCCCGCUUGUGGAAUCUGUCUAUACGGACCAAGAGAAGGUCCCUGAACCAAAAUACAUGCCCCCCAACAAGCUAAAUGACGUCCGCUCGGACAACAGUCUUCCACGAGUGGAAUCUGUCCACCAUACCGUGUCCGCCCCUGAAGCAGUUCCUGAGGGCAGUGAUGACGUCUCUGCUAUGGACACUGAUCCUGCAGAGAAGGAGGAGGAGGGGGGUGAAAAAGAAGGCUCCCAGAUUUCCGAUGACCCCCCUGAACCUCGGUCAGCCCGCUCGGAUGUGAAGACCCCCGACCCCCAUGGGGCAGACGAGACUGAAAUGGAAUCUGACCUAGAAAACGAUGACCCUGGACCGGACUCGGUCGUUAUCGACAAGAAGGUCCACGAAACCGGAUCCCUCCACCCUAACGAGAAGACCUCUGAAGACAUAAAGGUCCCAGAUCCGAAGACUUUCGGCACCAACGCCCCUGAAAACCAGGACGCUAAAAUCCUAGAAAAGAGAGAAAAGGCAGCAGGCCGAGAAGAUGACCCUCAACUGCAGUCUCUCCUUCAACCGACAACCAACCGACCCCAACUGCAGUCUGUUCAUCAUCAUAGUAAUAAUAAUAAGAAGAAGACACUCCCUCCUGCAAAGACUGACCGGGUGGGAGAUGAAGACACAGACACUCCUUUAGAGGAGGGAGGAACGGAGAUGGAGUCCGUUCCUGGAGACGAACACGGAGACGAGCCGGGGACAGUUCGCACGUCGCUGAGAAACUCCGCCAAGGGUUCUGCAGAUGCUAAAACAGAAGAGAUGGCAGCCGAGCCGGCCACCGCUGAUGUGAAAUGCGUGAUCGCAGAAUCCCAUGCCUGCCCCCACUGCCCGACGGCUUUCCCCGCGAGUCAGGAUUUGGACAAGCACAUGAAAAAGCUGCACGGAGAAGAACGCGCCGAGAAACGCAGGACGAGGCCCGUGAGCUCGAGAAGGACUUCCUCACGAUCCAGACAGACGUCCCAGUCCCAGGCGCAAAAUCCAGAACCCGCCGACGCCGGCACGGACAAGAACCUCGGCAAACAUAGCUGCGCGGACUGCGGGGAACGUUUCCCCACACCGAAAACCUUAAAAAAACACAGGGACACCCACCAGGAAGGUCAGUGUCAUCCGUGCAAGAAGUGCUCUAAGACUUUCAGAGACUUGGAGCUCCUUAAAAGGCACCGGCUGGUCCACAGAGAAACGGAGGCUGCCUCUAAAGAUGUCGGACUGUUGAUUUUAGAGGCAAGCCGCUGGCGGAGGAAACACCGGUGCGCCGAAUGCGGGAAGCACUUUCUCUACGCCGCCAACCUCAAGAAGCACCGUCUGCAGCAGCACAAGGGCAAGCCGCUCCCCUACCCCUGUGGCGAGUGCGGCCGCUGUUUCACAGACCCGUCGCAUCUGAAGAUGCACCAGAAAAUCCACAGCAACGAGACUCCCGUCGCGUUCUGCUGCCCAGAUUGCGGCAAGGUUUUCAAAACCGCCAAACACCUGAAAAGGCACCGGCUGGUUCACUCGGAAGACGCGCCUCCUUUUCAGUGCUCGGAGUGCGGGAAGAGGUUCUGGGAUUCAGGGCAUUUGCGAAGGCACCAGCGCGUGCACACUGGAGAGAUGCCCUAUCCGUGCGACGGGUGCGGGAAGAGAUUCCGGUUUUCCGGAGCUCUCCGGAAACACCAGAGGAUUCACACGGGGGCGAUGCCGUUCCAGUGCGCAGACUGCGGAAAGAGAUUCCGGGAAUCCAGCACCUUGAAAAAACACGAGCUGAUCCACAGCGGGGAGACUCCUUUCCUGUGCCCUGAUUGUGGGAAGAUGUUCAAUCAGGUCGGCAAUCUGAAAAAGCACCAGCAAAUCCACGCCAGCUCUGCUCCUUACCAGUGCCCGGAGUGCCAGCGGUGCUUCAAACGCGCCGAGAACUUAAAGCGGCACCGGCUGCUCCACGUGGGCGAGACCCUCCACCCCUGCCCCGAAUGCAACACCUCCUUCCGCAGCGCGGCGCGCCUCCGCAAACACCAGGGGCAGCAGCACUCCGAAGGGCAGCAGCAGGAGCGGCGCCUCCGCAAACACCAGGGGCAGCAGCACUCCGAAGGGCAGGGGCAGCGACAGCAGCAGCAGGAGCGGCGCCUCCACAAACACCAGGGGCAGCAGCACUCCGAAGGGCAGCAGCAGGAGCGGCGCCUCCGCAAACACCAGAGGGAGCAGCACUCUGGAGGGCAGGGGCAGCAGCGGCGCCUCCGCGUCUGCGAGGACUGCGGUAAAAGCUUCAAGCGCGCGGGGGAUUACCACAAACACUGCCGGAUUCACACGGGCGAGAAGCCCUUCCCGUGUACGGAGUGCCAGAAGAGGUUCAACCACCUGGGGAACCUCAAGAAACACCUGCUGGUGCAUUCGGGGGAAACGCCCUUCGAGUGUCCGGACUGCGGGAAGAAGUUUAGCCAGAAGGGGAACAUGAAGAAACACAGGCGGACGCACGGCGACGACAACGCCGGGAAGAAGAAGAAGAAGAAGAAGAAGGAAAAAAAAUAAUCAUGCACCCGAGUUAUCAGAAAUCUCAUCAUGAAAACCAGGAAGGGAUCAUACUCGUGCAACGGAAGUCUUCUUUCUGUCUCUGAAGUGCAGGUACGUCAGGUUACAAUCUCCGUUUUAGAAGUUGAUUUUCUAGGCAUUUUUGCGGGGCCCUUAAAAGGGGGAAGCGACUAAUACACCUGUGAGACGUAUGCGCCGGCGUUUCUCAUGUUAAACUACUGUACCAGUGCCAGAGUGGGAUUACUACAGCCACGGUUAUGGCUCACGCAAACUGAACUGUCAACAACUCGAUUUCAGGAUCUACGGCAUUCAGGUCAUGUUGCUAGGCAGGUAUACCAAACCACCGUUCUAAUUGAAACUUUAAAUUUGUUGCUCUCGAUACACUUGGUCCUUUUGAAUGUUAAACACAGGCUUUCAGACUUUCAAAAUGCCACAGCUGUACUGCUUCAAUUAGUCUUUAACACAAUAGCUGUCAGUCUCUAUCAAUUUCCUUAUUCCCAACACUCCUCCCGAGCCAUCGAUUUUGUCAAUAUUCAGACUGAGCCCGCCCCCUGGGAUCUGUACCAAACGGCUAUUGGUUAUAAAGCAGAGGAGUAAACUUAUCGAGUCUUCCAUUUGUUGUAACUGCAGUGCUAUAAUAAUGCAGGUGACUUUCAGACUGGAUCAAGUAGGACAAUCAAAAAAAAAAAAAAAACUCGACAGGUUUGAAGUUGCACGUGGUUGAAUUUGUUGAAAUGCGUGUUCAUCGUGACUGGAGACGAAACAAAGACAAACUUAAGACUUCGAAAGGAAAACGAGCCGAUAAGAGGAAGAAAGUGUUCAUGGCCCGAUGUAAAAAAAACAUGUUGUUUGAAUGGAAUACUUUUGAAUGACUUUCAUACAUACUGUAACUUGUUCUACAUGCCAGUACAAUGCAGUGAUACACUUGUAAAGUAUGUUUUAUGGUUCUGCUUAACAAAAUGAAUUAAUGUGUACAGCUGGAAAUUGAAUGCAAUUGUGCUGCACCGUACGCAACGCUAAAAUGUUUACUGGUUAUUGGAUGGUGCAUGGUUUUGUGUUUUGCUUUUUAAUUGAUGAAGCAGCACCGUUUAACACUUUCUUUUAAAUUUGAAUUAAUACAAGGAAUUUGUAAAAGCCAAUGCAGCUCUAACUAUUGUCUAAGUAUGGGUUUGGAAAGAAAUGUUCAGUAAAGCAAAUAAGAUAUGUUCUUGAACCUGCUGAUAAGCUAAAAUAAGAUACUGGUAGGUUAAUACAGACGUGAUGUGGGAUGUGUAACUUGAUUUUACGCUCUGUUUAAUUUUAUUACUUUUUUAAAUGUUAGAAAUUUUGAAAAAAGUAAUAGUUUUCUAGAGAUUAAACUAAAAAAGAAAAACGUGUGUGCUUACACAUCAUCACAAUGUUAUUUAAAUAUGAAUCUUGCAUUGUAACCCUGUACUGCCCUGUAACACCUGUGUCACCUGUGUUACCUGCCAAAUAAAUAAAUAAAUACAUACAUACAUACAUCAUAAUAAUAAUACUAUUUAGGGGGACAACUGCACCUGGGCGAUUUGGAUUUUUAAUUGAAAUCGUUUGCAUGAAUUUGAAAGAGUAUUCAAGGAAACCAGUAUAUAUUUUGGGGUACCACUGUGCUUGUGAGACGAUUUGAUCACUAAAAUCUUUUGCAUCUAGAGGUUUAGCUAUUCUGGGAAAACAAUAUUUAGUAAGUAAGGAGUCUGA